AUGUUGAAGCUUCAAAUUCAUGGACAAUCAAACUCUACAAGAACUCCCUUGCUAUUGACCAAACAAUUUAUCCAUGGAAAUGUCCAGGCUUCCUUCCAUCUCAAACCAAGAUCCUCUUUCAAUAUUAAAGCACGGAAACGCUUCAAAGCUAGCUUCAAACCUUGUGGCUCUAAAGCCAUAGCAAGUCUUACUCAGGACACUAAAAUCAAGGUUAAGGCUACUGUGAAUGUGAAACGAGCAGUUGGUGGGCUCCUAACAAGCCUAGGGAUUGAUCAAGGUCUCAAUGACAUUCAAGACUUGCUUGGUAAAACAAUCGUAUUAGAGCUUAUUAGCGCUGAUCUUGAUCCAAAGACGGAACUACCGAAACCAACAAUUCAAAGGCAUGCACGCCGAAGGUUAAGCCAAGCAAAUGGGUAUGUCAAAUAUGAAGCAGAAUUUGAGGUUCCACAGGAUUUCGGAGAAGUUGGUGCUAUUUUUGUUGAAAAUGAGUACAAUACUGAGAUUUUCCUUCAAGACGUUGUCCUCAGUGGCUUACCUCAAGGCACCAUUAAUGUGACUUGUGACUCCUGGGUUCAAUCUAAAUAUAACGAUAACCGGAAAAGAGUCUUCUUCACUAACAAGUCAUACUUGCCAUCAAAAACACCAAGUGGUUUGAGAAGGCUAAGAGAGGAAGAGCUCUUAAUUCUGAGAGGCAAUGGUCUAGGCGAACGCCAAGCUGGUGACAGAAUAUAUGAUUAUGAUGUCUAUAAUGAUAUUGGUGAGCCUGAUAAAAGUUCAGAACUAGCAAGACCGGUGCUCGGCGGUGAGGAACUUCCUUACCCUAGACGUUGUCGAACCGGCCGGCCUCGAAGCGAGAAAGAUCCAUCAUCAGAGAUAAGGAAAGGUGAUUUCUACAUCCCUAGAGAUGAAGCAUCGUCAGAAGUAAAGCUGAUAACAUUCUAUGCCAGAACAUUGGCCUCAGUAUUCGAAGCAUUGGUACCUAAUUACUUAGCAAAUGGUGAUCUUGAAUUCCAAGACUUUAAAUCCAUAGGAUCCCUUUUCGAUGAAGAACUUGAAUUGCCUCCCCUUCCGAAAGAAGUGUUUUGGAAAACAAUUCUGCCCCAACUUUUCAAGGCUAUCAGUACCAGCAAUGGAGAAGAUCUGUUGCGCUUUGAGAUCCCUAAAACAUUGAAGAGUAUGGAACAUACUUAUCUUAUCCUGGAUUUCUUGCAUGUUUAUCUCACUUAA